CGCAAGAUCAAAAUUUUCGCCCAGGGCAUAUAAAGCGCACCGAAUGUGGAAAAGGGUUACGAUACAAUGUACUUUUUACAGUGAGAGAAUAUAUAUACAUAAGUUAGUCAGCAAUCCCCCCCUCCUCCCUCAUUUUGUCAACGAGAGAUCUAAUCCGUGGGCUAUCCAUCAUCUCUCAUCUAUACCUGAAACUAAACGCUACUGUUUGCGAUAGAUGGGGUCAGAGGUGAGCUGUUCGCCCUCCCAAUGCCCACGUGGAUAUCGCUUCCAAGCGCAGAAGGCCCCGAUAGUUUCCGCAGAAUGACGCCCUCGCAUUCUCGCUUGAUGAUGGUGGGCGGGUAAGUUGACAGGCACUAUCUCUCUCUCUCAGGUAAGAGGCAAGGUCAAAGUACCACCCCAACUCAUCCCCCUCGACUUCCUCAACCGCUUCAGUCUCCUCAGACGCCUCAACAGCUUGAGCCUCUCCAACCGAAUUGACAACAACUGUAGAAAAAAAAAACAUUCGCAAACUCA